AGGUACGGAAUAGUUAGCUGAUAGAUACCCGGGCGGUGCGGUGGACGGCCACCGGGAAAUCCUGGCGAUGAACCGGGAGGGACCUGCUUACCCUAUGGGGACCGGACCUAACUUUCACUGACGUUUGGAGUAGAAGCUAUGUAAAGAACCUCUAAUGAAGGUGAGAUGCUCAUAAAGAACCCAGAAUACUGCCCUUGUUCAACUGGGUACCUUGUUGACGGACAGAGGGAGAGAGAGACUCAAUCUUUGUUCGAUUUGCAACCGCCUGCCCGACUCGGAGAAGUCCAGCAAGGCUGCAGUGGCGUAACCACAGCGAGUGAACAAACAAGGCGACAAGGCGAUCGAUCCCAGGCGGCUGAGUCAUCGCCGCUGAUCCCCGCUUGGGUGCCCCAGCCUUCUUCUUGGGUUUCGCCCGCCCUUCCCAAGACGAAUUUCCCUCCGAAUCCACCCACCCAACUGACGUCUUCCGAUCAAAGACCCAACUCGUCGGGCCACACUCAAGCGCCCACCACAUAGCGACUGUCAUCUUGUCUCCCUGAUAAUCUAUCCGGCGUUGAAUCAUCGAGUACGGCUGCUGGGCAGUGCGUUGUACUACGGCGGACCUGUAGCUAUCUUUC